UCCAUGGGAAACCUCCCAAAACCACCCUUUGAACUUAUCUAAGAAAGAGAAAAAUAAAAUAAAAAAAAAUAGAUUAAAAGUUUUAGACCGAGAAAAUGAAACUUCUCAGAACAAACCAGAAGUCACACAUGGGGUUGGUUUCCUAGCCUUAAGUUUUCAGUCAAUUUAACUGUGUCAUGUUCUUGUUAAGACCUUGAUUAUUGGCUUUCUGGGUUUUGUUUGGAGAAGAAUCUGUGCUUCGCUCUCUCUUCACUUCUGUGUAAAAUUCACGCAUAGUCCUUUCUCUCUCUGUAGAAUUUAAUCAUUUAGUGUUUUAAUUUUCUUGUUCUUGUGUACUUCCGGUUCCAUGUAAAUUUAGUAGUGGUGUGUUGUUCCUACUAAGUGUGGUGUAUGAUUAUCCUUGUUGUAUAGAAUUUUUUAGUUGGUGUGAUAAUGACACAAUUGGGAAUAAAAAAAUUAAAUAAAACCUAUCCUUUUGGAACAGUGAGUCGCUUUCUUUCAAGGUAAGAGAGGGUUUUGUUUAUGUAGUUUAAGAUAUCCCAACUUGUUGAUGAUCCUCUUGUGUGAGUAAUCCCAGAUGUUUUCUGUUGCAUCCCUUCCUAGGAUUUGAGAUACUCUUAUUCCUUUGCUUCCUUAAUUGGAAACAAGCACACCAUAGCAGAUCUUUCCCCUUUUUUCACUUGUGAAGUGCGCACACAAAAGAAAAAAAAUUUUAAAAAAAAUCAUAUCCAUCUUUCUCUCACCCUGUACCUGUACGUCUUUAACUUUUAUCUAUUUUCUCUCUCCUCUCUCUCACUCCAAACACCCCAUACCUAUACCAUACCUGAAGCCAACAGAAUUCUCAAAAGGGUUUUCAAAGUUUCAACCUUUGAGGGUGGUUUUUUCUAUUUUUUCUUUCUUUUUUUGUUCUUAUUUUUUGCAACUCUUGCAAAGAUCUUGAAUUUGUUGAUAUGGAGUGUGAAGUGGAAUUACAAGGAGGAGAUCUGCAUGCAGGAGUGGUAACUGAGCCAAACUCUCUUGGUUUUAGCACCAUGGAAGAUGCACACACUUUGGCGGUUGCUGAGAGAGAGAUGUGGCUGAAUAGUGACCAAGACGAGUUCCUAGGUGUCAACGAGGCUUCCAUGUUCUACGCUGAUUUCCCUCCUCUCCCUGAUUUCCCGUGCAUGUCAUCGUCGUCAUCAUCAUCUUCAGCUCCACCACUUCCUGUGAAAACCAUGACAUGUUCCACCACAACAACAACCACCACCACCACUUCCUCAUCUUCCUCUUCAUCUUCUUGGGCCAUGUUAAAGUCAGAUUUUGAGGAAGAUGCCGAGAAAAACCAUUGCAACCCUUACAUGCAUGACCAUCUUGAUGCAACGGCUUUAUCCUCCACCGCUUCCAUGGAGGUAUCUCAGCAGCAGAACCCUGAUCCAGGCCUUGUAGGCACUGUUGGAGAGUGCAUGGAUGAUGUUAUGGACACUUUUGGCUACAUGGAGCUUUUGGAGGCCAAUGAUUUCUUCGACCCUGCCACUAUUUUCCAGGAUGAUGAAAGUGAAAAUCCUUUGGUAGACUUUUCAACACUGGAGGAGCAAGUGCCGUUGAUGGAGGACCAACAUGCAAUGGAGCAUCAAGAAGGGGCGAAAGGAGAGGAAGAUCAUGAGGUUCCUGUGUGUGAAGAAGGUGGUGUUGAAGGAAGUGUAGAUGAUGAAAUGAGUAAGGUGUUCUUGGAGUGGCUCAAGUCUAACAAGGAUAGUGUUUCUGCUAAUGAUUUGAGGAAUGUGAAGCUCAAAAAGGCGACGAUAGAAAGCGCGGCGAGGCGUUUAGGGGGAGGAAAAGAAGCCAUGAAGCAGUUGCUGAAGCUGAUUCUUGAGUGGGUUCAAACCAGCCAUCUUCAGAAUAAAAGGCGGAAGGAGAAUAAUGGUAGCAUCAACACUGCACUUCAGGCACAGUUUCAGGAUCCUGGUGGCCAGAACAACCAAACCACACAAACUGCUUCGUUUGCACCUGAAUCAAACUCUUGUUUCAGCAACAACACACCCUGGUUGAGUCCUCAAGCUUUUGGCACAGAUCAGGCUCCUAUCAUGCAAUUUCCACAACACAUGGUUGGGUAUGUUGGUGACCCUUACACCAGUGGUGGUGCAGCUUCAAAUAACAACCCUUAUCAACCUGGUGCAGAUCAAUAUAACAUGUUGGAGUCAGCACAUUCAUGGCCUAAUUCACAGUUCAAUGUUGCUUCUCAAUAUAGCCAGUCUUUUGGGGAAAAUGGUAUUUUCCCAAAUGGGGGUUUUGGCGGCUAUGGCAAUAAUAAUCAGUACCCUUAUCAGUUUUUUCAUGGCCCUGGUGAUAGGUUGAUGAGGUUGGGGCCCUCGGCUACCAAGGAAGCCAGGAAGAAGAGAAUGGCUAGGCAGAGAAGGUUUAUGACUCAUCAUAGGCAUCACAAUAGUAAUAACCACCAGAAUAAUCAUGGAUCUGACCCUAGAUUGGGGAGUGAUAAUUGCACCACUGUUAUGGCUGCACCUCAUGCAAAUCCUGCAGCCAAUUGGAUGUACUGGCAGGCUAUGACGGGUGGCACGGCCGGUCCUUUGGCGCCGGUGGCUCCAGCCGAGUCGCCGGCAGCGGACCGGUCGGCCAUGCAGACACAGAAUGGUCAUCAGGGUCGAGCUGCAUCAGAUAGGAGGCAGGGUUGGAAGCCUGAGAAGAACUUGAGGUUCCUUCUGCAGAAGGUGUUGAAGCAAAGCGAUGUGGGAAGUUUGGGGAGAAUAGUUUUGCCAAAAAAAGAGGCAGAAACCCAUUUGCCAGAGCUGGAGGCAAGAGAUGGAAUUUCCAUAACCAUGGAAGACAUUGGAACUUCACGAGUUUGGAACAUGCGCUAUAGCACCAGAUACUGGCCAAACAACAAAAGCAGAAUGUAUUUGCUCGAGAACACUGGCGACUUUGUGAGAGCCAAUGGACUCCAAGAGGGAGAUUUCAUAGUGAUAUAUUCUGAUGUGAAGUGUGGCAAAUAUAUGAUAAGAGGAGUGAAAGUGAGGCAACAAGGUCUGAAACCAGAGACGAAGAAAGCAGGAAAAUCGCAGAAAAACCAGCAUGGAACUAAUGCAGCAACUACAGCUGUUACUGCUGCAAAUAAUGGCACGCCAUCGUCACCGAAGCAAAAAGCUGAAAAAAAGUAGCAAAUUAAUAUAAUAUAUACAUUAUAUGUAUGUACAAUAUAUUAUAUUAUAUUAUAUAUAAUAAAAUAAGAGACUCUGAAGUCUGAACACAUAAUGUUGUGGGGUUUCAGCAUGCCCUUCAAUGGAGGCUGUCAAGGAUUUGUAUAACAGUAUUUUGGGUUAUAUUUCUUUUCGUAUUUAACUGCGAUUGUUAUGUGAAAAUGUUGUAUGUGUUCAACGUGGAUGAUGUACAUGUUACUUUGUUAGUGAUGUAUAAUGUACUAUGUGCCGUCCAUUUAUGACUUGAUAGAAUUUUACAUUAAUUAAAGUUGAUGUCUUGUAUUAUGAAA